AGAACAGUGCUGGUAUCAGAGUUCUCCGAGGGAGAGCUGCAAAUGAAAUCAUGCCUAACCUCACUACUGCAACAGAUGAGCUAGCGUAGGACCUCCAGUCCCCGUGACUUUCCCUUGAGAGUGUUCGGGUAAACGCAUGGGAGCAGGUUUGGCUGGAUCCAGAGCUUUAGCGGGUGUUCGCUUUCUUCUGGGUGACUGGGGUAACCUCUCACAUUCCAAAUGAAGGAAGUCAUUUUUCAUUUGCUUUACAAACGUUUAUUGAUGGCCUACCAUCCUCCCAAUAUACAUAAUGCAGUAGCAAAACCAGCCAAGACCCAGCGCCCUCUAUGCGUGUCCCAGGGUCUGCGGGUGUAGGCGAAGGGCGAGGGUGCCUGGAACCCCCACCCCGGAGCAGUGGGUUAGCCCCGCAGCCGCAGCGCCCGGCUUGCGCGCGCCCGAGGACGGCACUGCCCCAUUAACAUGCACCCGCACGGGAGCGCCGCGCUCCCGCGUCCCCGGCGCUGCGCCGGCGGCGGGCGCGGGCGGGAGCCCAGGAGUCUGAGCGGGAGGCGGGAGCACCGGACGGGGCGGGUGCCCGCGAGCGGCGCUCGUGCUUACGCUCCUCGGCUCACGAGGACCCGCCCCUUCCCCGCCCACCCCUUCUCCCGCGCGCGGGCUCCGCGCGCCCCAAGCCGCGCGCGUGCGCGCGCGUGCGCAGGCCAGGGCCCUCCGGGGGCGGCCCCGUAGACUCCAUAGAAAACGUCGCAAGGUCCCGGAUUAACCCUUUCCUUGCUCGCCCAUUUACAGGGCCGGUCAGGUUCCGUGCCUGCGCAAGCCGGCGGCGCGCCUUCCCCCCAGCCCGCACCGCGCAUGCACGGGAAGGGGGGGUGCCGGUGGGGGUGUACACGGCCGGCUAGACAUUCUGUGCUCGUGCAGGAGGAGGGCUGCUACCAUCAGGGACGUGCACGAUUCCCUCCCACCCCGCCCCCUCCUCAAACUCCAAAAAAAAAAAAAUUCCAAAAUACACUGCCACCCACCGUGCCCCCGCGCCCCGCGUCCAACCCGUCCCCGGCCUGCUUGCAGUGAGCGCGGGGAGCCCACGGCGAGUGUCUGUGGCUGUGCCAGGCUGCAGAGCUGGACCUGAUGCUGCCAGUCACCCUCCUCUCUGUUCCCAACCUGAAAAUGGGUACAUGUGCAAGUGGCAGGACAAGAAAGGACUGGCGUGCCCCUGAUCAGAAUUAUUCUGAUCUGAAGAAUUUGGUGUUUAAAGCAUUAAGAUAAUAGCCUGAGUUGUUCAUGGAGUUUUUCAUCAGUAUGUCUGAAACCAUUAAGUAUAAUGACGAUGAUCAUAAAACUCUGUUUCUGAAAACACUAAAUGAACAACGCCUGGAAGGAGAAUUCUGUGAUAUUGCCAUUGUGGUUGAAGAUGUGAAAUUCAGAGCACACAGGUGUGUUCUUGCCGCCUGUAGCACCUACUUUAAAAAGCUUUUCAAGAAGCUUGAGGUUGAUAGCUCUUCAGUAAUAGAAAUAGAUUUUCUUCGUUCUGAUAUAUUUGAAGAGGUCCUGAACUACAUGUACACAGCAAAGAUUUCUGUGAAAAAAGAAGAUGUUAACUUAAUGAUGUCAUCAGGUCAGAUUCUCGGUAUCCGAUUUUUAGAUAAACUCUGUUCUCAGAAGCGUGAUGUAUCUAGUCCAGAUGAAAACAACGGCCAAUCGAAAAGUAAGUAUUGCCUCAAAAUAAAUCGCCCCAUUGGAGAUGCUGCUGACACUCAGGAUGAUGAUGUGGAAGAAAUUGGAGACCAGGAUGACAGUCCCUCUGAUGACACAGUAGAAGGCACCCCCCCGAGUCAGGAGGACGGCAAGUCGCCUACGACGACGCUCAGGGUUCAGGAAGCAAUCCUGAAAGAGCUGGGGAGUGAGGAAGUUCGGAAGGUUAAUUGCUACGGCCAGGAAGUAGAAUCCAUGGAGACCCCAGAAUCGAAAGAUCUGGGGUCCCAGACCCCUCAAGCCUUAACAUUUAAUGAUGGAAUGAGCGAAGUGAAGGACGAACAGACCCCAGGCUGGACAACAGCGGCCAGCGACAUGAAGUUCGAAUACUUGCUUUAUGGCCACCAUCGGGAGCAGAUCGCCUGCCAGGCGUGCGGGAAGACCUUCUCCGACGAAGGCAGGUUGAGGAAGCAUGAAAAACUCCACACGGCCGAUAGGCCGUUUGUUUGUGAAAUGUGUACAAAAGGUUUUACCACACAGGCCCACCUGAAAGAACACCUCAAAAUCCACACAGGCUAUAAGCCGUACAGUUGUGAGGUGUGUGGAAAAUCCUUUAUCCGUGCCCCGGACUUGAAGAAGCACGAGAGAGUGCACAGCAAUGAGAGACCAUUUGCCUGCCACAUGUGUGACAAAGCCUUCAAACACAAGUCCCACCUCAAAGACCAUGAACGAAGACACAGAGGGGAAAAGCCUUUUGUCUGCGGCUCCUGCACCAAGGCGUUUGCCAAGGCGUCUGAUCUGAAAAGGCACGAGAACAAUAUGCACAGUGAGAGGAAGCAGGUCACCCCCAGUGCCAUCCAGAGCGAGACAGAACAGUUGCAGGCGGCAGCCAUGGCCGCUGAAGCAGAGCAGCAGUUGGAGACGAUCGCCUGUAGCUAGAGGUGACAGGACAGGACCGCUUUGCCUGAGCCCCGGAGGUGGGACUGCACGGGUCCCAGCACACAAGCGCCAGUCCCUGCAUUUCUGUGGAAACUUACGGAGCAUUGUACUCACUGGAUUUAAGGCAGUGCUUGGUUAAGUAUUUUGCAAACUUUGCAAGGAAAUCGUGUUCCUUUGUUCUGACCAAACAGUCUCGCUGUCCCGUCUGGUGUCUGGUAGUGAUGUUGCCAGUAAGCCCUCUCCCCCCCGCCCCCCUCUUUUUUUAUGAUUUUAAUUUGAGAACUCCUGUGUCCAGUUCAGAAGUGAGAGACUUCUAUUCCAGUUUUUGUAAUUCCUCUCUACACUUGCUGACUGGCAAGUGUACUGCACAGAGCGAUAAUUGAGUAAAUUGAUUUCCUAAUCAUCACGAUUCUGUGGGACUUAGGGUCAAAACAGCAUUUUUAAUAACUUGAUAAAAGUACUUCAUGCAGAUGCAGAAAAUACUGGUGGGUGGCUGACCAAGAACACUGCACAGAUAGGAAAACAAGUUCCAGAAUUGCAGAACGAUAUUGGAUUUAUAUUCGGUUUGUUAAUUUUACAUCACUGUUUUUCACUGUUGUUGUGGACAAAUGAUGGUUGCUUUGCUAAAGUGUUUCUUCAUUUUGAUCGCCCACACCUACCCCAAAAGAUGGAGUCAUAAGUCCUGAACGGAGGCUGAGCAAACCCACAGGGAUGAUGGUGGUCUGGGGGCUGAGUUCUUUUUGGUCCUCUUUUUUGGGGCAUUGCCACUCUGCAACAGAUGCGGUUUCUGGGGUAGACCAGUUGUUAGAGGGAUAGCAAAGGGGGCAUAGGAUCCUGGCUCUCAGGGACGAGGUUUUCACGUUUGCAACAGUUCCAAGAUUUUCUAGAUCAAAAUAAUUCUUAAUUGAUUUUGAAAUUGGAUUUUUAUUUAGGAUCAAAAUUAGGACAAGAACAGGUAUGCUUCUUCAGAUACAUUUGUGUCACUUAAGAGAAUGUCAUCAAGCUUUUGGGCUCUCUGCAGCACGUGAUUUAUCCACAAAGGAGAUGUAAUAUUGUUGCUUAAAUUAAUAAAUUGAAAAUCUUUUUAAGUGUGUAAAUAGUGUAGAAGUGUUGGUCUUAUGUAUUUCAAGUAAAAGUAGACAGCUGCACCUUUUUUUUGCACAUUGGAUUAAAAUAACUUCCAUGAGCAACAAACAUCGGUCUGUUUUUUAACCAAUAUUAAAGAUUGUAAGACCAAAUGUUUAUUUUUUUGAAGUAUAUUUCAUCAUUGGUGGUUACAGUUUUAAGUAGAAUUUGAUUGCCAUUUCAUAGCCAUAAACAGAAUUAUAAACACUGUUCCAAUUUUGGUGUAUGAAAACUUUUUUUAGCCAUUUCUUUAGGAAUAUAUUGAAAUACCAAAAUAGUUUGAAUUACUUUCUGUAACAAAGUGUUAGUCAAUUAUUUUAGAAUGUACAAUUUUAGAAAAAUACCAUUUUUUAAAAAUUUUAUUUUUGAUUCCUAGAAUUUUUUUUCCAAGUUACAUUAAAAUAAUUUCAUUUCAUAGCUUGUUGCAUUAACACCUGUAAUUACUAUUGUGGGAGAAAUUUUAUUUUUUAAAUUGAUGUACAUGUUAUGCCCAAGAUUGUAGGAUGAAGAUGCUACCUUUAAAGAGACUUAUUUAUUGGUAAAAUGUUUACUUUAGUUUAAAAUUAAUUUAAUUUUCUUUCUUUAAAGUUGUUUAUUCUGUCCUAAAAGUAGUCCUGUCACUGUGUUUAUAUGCUGUUAGUGGAAGGGGACCUGAUUGGCGUUCCUUGGCUGUUUUAACCAAAGCAAAGGAAAAAUGAUUUCACAUCUUUGUUGAUAACUACUUCAACAAACCAUUUUUUGGGACUUCAGUUUUGUAUAUAAAAGAAAAUAUACUU